CCGCGGAGCGCCACAGUCAUCGCAGCCGCGCAACGAGAAGGAGGACUUUCCGUAACUCGGCCCAGUCUUUCGGAGCCUGCGCUCAGCUGAUACCGCGGAGAGCCGUGCGCCGCCCUGCGCCGCCAGUUUCCCCGGAGUCGCCCUAAUUGGCACGCUUCCACCGGAGAGGUCAGCCGCUUGCCGUUCAGCAAGGCAGCAGUGAAAACUACCGCCUGUCCCCAGCAGGAACAGACCGGGAGGCUGAGCGGAGACGAGCCUGGCCUGUGCAGCCAUGCUGAUGUAUGAUUACCCUCCAAAGACAGACAUGGAGACGUCGUUCUACCCUUCCUCAGUGACAACCCCGGAGCCAUACGGCUUGGUCUUUCCCCAUCCCUUCUACCAAAUGCCCAUGCAGCCCUUCACCCCAUGCAACCCCACACAGCAGGAGCCGGUGGACCUGUCUCUCAGCAAGCGCUCCUCCUCCGCGUCUCCGGCGUCCUCGCCGGCCUCCCCUCCCAGCUCUCCGUGCUCCACCUACAGCUCGGCCAGCCGUGCCUCUCCCUGCUCCCCGCACUCCCAGUUCCACUCCUCGCCCCCCCAAUCCCAUGCGGCACCCGCUCACACGAUGUCUUACCCGCACAUGGUCAUCCAAAAUCCCAGGGUUAUGAUGUCGCCGCUUGUGCUGCCCCUGCCUCUCAUGUACCCGUCACCUAUCCACCUUCAUCCGUCAAUAAUUGUGAGCCCACCCGUCUCCAGCGAUGAAGGCCAUCCUCCCAGCAGAGAACAUAAAUAUGUUAACUCUGUGAAGCACGGGGAGGUCCACGACCUGCACAAGUCAAUCAAAACCGAGUCUCAGUCAGAUCUCUCUCAGGACGCGCUGAACAGCCACGACAAUAAAUCCUCUGUCAUCAGGAUACCCCACGAGUACGAGUGCAACAAUCCGUCGGUGAUAGUUCGCACGGGCUCCAAGCAUCCUCUGCCAGCCGAAUCGCCUGACACGCUGAAAAAGCGCCGGAUUCACCGCUGCGACUUCUCCGGCUGCAACAAGGUGUACACCAAGAGCUCCCACCUCAAAGCGCACCGCAGGACGCACACCGGAGAGAAGCCUUACAAGUGCGCGUGGGAAGGCUGCACGUGGAAGUUCGCCCGCUCGGACGAGCUAACGAGACACUUCCGCAAGCACACGGGGGUCAAACCUUUCCAGUGUCCCGACUGCGAGCGCAGCUUCUCCCGCUCGGAUCACCUGGCUCUGCACAAGAAGCGCCACCUCCUGGUGUGAGCGCCUUUUGGCGCCGGGCGGGGCGGCGUGCGUUUCAGCCCGGGGGUUCACUGCUGGGACUACACCUCUGUGAAUCGCCGGUGUUAAAACAGCUGACUCGGACAGAAAGUGGGGGGGAAACGUCUCCCCAGGGUGCCUGUUUCGAACCCUUUCACCUCACGCGCAGGAGCCGCUAACGCCUCGCGCCUCCCUCUUCAGCCCGUUUUGGACAUUUACGUUUGCUGUGUCAGACCUGGGGUCCGCCGUGGAGGGCCCCGAGCGGCCGCAGCGUCUCAGCUGGCCUGAGAGCGGCGCCCUCGCGUGUUCUCCGGGAGCGACCCCGCGUCAUCGACCGACAAGUCUUGGCACGCUACCAACUCUUUAAUGCAACACCCGAUCUCUGUAUUUUCCUCUUGGACACACGCUUUCAUACACGUCAUUCGCUAGCUAGGACAAUAAAAUGUGAAAUCCUUCCAGAAUGUAUCAUAUCUCACCCACUGUGCUUCGUGUCAUACAUACUUAAGCUGUGUGUUCGUUUGUUGUCGUUUUGUCGUUUUGUUGUUUUGCUUCUUGAGCGCAGCUAGCUGUGAGAUAACGCUAAUGCUAAUUCCUCCUUCACGGGCCACCACGUCGCACCACACACCACAUCUGCCUCUACAAGCUUUUACAUGAUGAAGUGAGGACAGGGAGCUAAACGCUUGCCUUCCCCUGGACACACACACACACACACACACACACACACACACACACAUACACACACACACACACAGAGAGCGAUAAAACGUGCACUUACUAAAAGCAGCUCAGUCUUGCUUUGGUCUGCUUUUGCAUGUUGAGAAGUGCAACCGCAGGUCGCGUUAAUUUUUCUAGAGUGAAGUGUUUAUCGAUGUUUUCAUUCAGAAAUGUGAACAUAGCUGCACAGGGGCAUUAUUGUGUGAGUGAGGAAAAGUCACCCAUCAAAUGGUUAAAGGGUAGAAGAACUAUUAUUCUUUGUGUAUUAUAACAUGUCUUAUGUAUGUAUAAACUCUGUUUUGGUUUGUGAUGUGACACCGUGGUAGCCUUUUUUUUAUUAUUAUUAUUAUUUUUUUUUUAUUGUAUGACACUUUUUACAGUGCCUUUCAAAGUAUUACUACCUCUUGAACGUUUCUACAUUCUAUUGUGUUACAGCCACCAACUUCCCUGGAUUUUAAUGGGAUUUUCUGUGACAGAUCAAAGCAAAGUGUUAGGAGACUUUUUGCAGCCCCUAAAACAGCUUUUAUUCCAGGAUUGCUCUGUAAUCGGCUCCAUCCGUCUUCCUCUCCGCCCUGACCGGUUUCCUUCUGCCCGAAGAAGAAAAGCGCUCCCACAGCCUGAUCCUGCCACCACCUUGUUUCACCGUGGAGGCUUUGUGUACGCGGUGACAUGCAGAACUUUCCACCACAAAUAAUGCUUUGCAUGAAGGCCUUCCACUAUAAAACCGUGCACUACUUUUGUGCUGCUCUGUUGCAUUGAAUACAUUAAAACCCAUGGCUGUAAUUUGAGAAAAUAUGAAAAGGUUCAAGGGAUAUGGGUACUUUUUAACAAGGCACUUUCUGUCAAAGUGCAAAGCAGGGAAAUUUGCUCUUAAAUGUUGGCAUAUUAGAAACAAUUUUGUUUCAUUCUAAGACGUAUUUGGAAAGUAAAUUUCGGUUUCCCUCCUUGAUUGUAACCACAGGUCACACUGUAGCAGAUUUUACUGCUACAAAACGCCAUAAAAACUUUAGAGCACAUUCUAUUUUUACACCUCAUGGAGAACAAUAUGGUGUGAAUAGCGUCUUUGUACAUCUCCAGUGUGCACUUUACAUUUAAAAAUAUAUUUGUAUAUAAAAAAUAAUAGCUUAUAUAUAUCAUCCCCAAAGCCAAGCCAUGUAAAAUCACACAUUUGUUUCUGAUAGGGUUGCUGAUUUGAUUAAUAUGAAACCUUUUGGAGGUGUCAUGGUAUAGUUUUUUUUAAUAGCUCCAAAGCCUCAUUUAUUCACAUUUACACAAUUACUAUACUGAAUGUAGCAGUUCAACUGAUCUGCAUUUGCUCCCUGAUACUCAGUGCAGUUUAGUUUUUUGCUUUGUACAUGUUUUAUUUUUAUCUAUGCACAUGCAAGUUGUGAUAUAAUGAUUUUUAAAUUGAAAGGGCAAUUAACGGUUUUUAUUAAGCAUGAUUUUUUGAUACUCUACUAUACAUUUCUGUCAUGUUGUCUUUAAUAAACAUAUCUCUUUUUAAUCUAAGCGGUGGCAAUUCAAAGGGAACUGUGUUAAACUGUGAACAUAUAGUUGUAAUUUACAAGUCUUUAUGUAAUUUUUGCAUUUUUAAAAAAGAAUAUUCAAUAUUCAUACCACUUAAUAAAUGUAUUGGUAAAAAAAAUGGA